AUGUCAGAAGUAAUUCAAGAUGACCUUACACCUGAUUUGACCACCCAACCAGGGAGUAAUACUUUUAAACAAAAAAUUACAAAUUUCUAUAGUAAGAUUAGUGGAUCAACAGAAGAAAAUAUCAUUAAUUGUUGUUAUAAUGGAGAUUGUAUAGGAAUAAUGAAAUACAAAGACAAUGGAGAAAAUUUGGAUAUUAAUGAUAAAUGUGGAAAUACAUUAUUACAUAUUGCUGUCAAAGGUAGACAAGGGGAUAUGAUUCAGUUCCUUGUUAAUUUGGGUAUGGACAUCAAUUGUGUAAAUGCUGAAGGAAUUACACCAUUAAUGUAUGCAAUUGAAUUAGGUUUUGAUGAUAUUUCUUUAGACAUUCUUCAAAUUAAAUCAUUAGAUUUAGAACAUUGGGAUCAUAUGGGAAGAACUGCACUUCAUUAUUGUGCAUUAUAUGGAAAUGCUGUGAUGGCUAAUAUACUAUUAGAAAAUGGAAUUGAUGUUGAUAAAUGUGAUAUUAAUGGGUAUAAUGCUUUACAUAUUUGUUGCGAGUGUAAUUGUUUUAACGUUGCUAAAGUAUUAUUAAGAUGGCAUAUUGACCUAGAAAAGAAAAAUAAAUAUGGAUUUAUACCAUUAGGAACUGCUGUGAAUCAUCAAAACCGUAACAUGGUACGUUUAAUUACAGCAGCAAUGAGAGGGACUGACCACAAAAACUUUGAACAAAAAGUUGAUGAUAUGCUUGGUUUGACUUGUGAUAUAAAUCAUUACAAUAAGGUCCUUGAAGAAAUGCCACUCUAUUUUAAGGGAGGUCAAAAUGACUUUGAAGAGAUUCGUCCUGAAUAA